AUGGUUGCAAAACGGGGCUUCACGUCGCUCCGAGCCGUGGUGACGAUGUUGCCAAGAGGUGGGUACAAUACAUUGUAUAGGGUGAAGUUGAAAAGGACGGCCGGUAGAGACACCGCCAAUGGACUUAUUGUUCUUGACCACGAACCUGUCAGUCCGAACUUAGCCCAAGAGAUGUUUGAGGAGCGGAAAUGGAAAAACCACGUCAAGAACGACCUAGACCCCUACGUGUGCCUUUUUGAGAACUGCAACGAGCCGGAUCUGCUCUAUUCUCACAGCGAAGAAUGGCUUAGCCAUAUGCGCCAGCACAGCUUGCUUUGGCGCUGCUCCUCUCACCGCAAACUAGGCCCCUUUUCCACUCGCGAAGAGUAUAUAGAACACGUGCGCCAACAUCCCAAGACCAAACACAGCGACGCCCAGCUCCGCGCCCUGGUAAAUAGGAGCAUUCAGAAGACGGCGAAGCUGUUUCCAUCGUGCUCCCUGUGCGGCAAACAUGAGGCCAAAACCGACAAUCGUCUGGAAGAUCAUAUCGCCGGGCACUUGAGAUCCCUGGCCCUCAAGUCUCUCCCAAGUUACCAAGAAGAUAUUCCCCAUGACGCUGGGAGUGGACGCAGUAGUGUCGAUACUUCACCGCCGCGGAGCAGGAGCACAGUCAAGGACCUUAACUUUGACGAUGACGUCCUUGAGUUUGAAGUAGAACUCCCCUGGGCCCACUCUGACUCGGCUUCGGGUCUCCAGGAGGCCUGGGAGUUGGCCAGCUGGAACUUCUAUGAGUCCGCAGCUCGAGGGUCCCCCACAGCUCUUGAGGACGACCCGAUCAUUCAGUCGAUGCUACAGAGGAAGAAAGACGGUUCAUCAACAGGUAAAGCUGCAGCGGCAGCUGAACCCAGCGUGAUGCCCCCAGCACCCGCAUUCGCCACUCCGAGCAGCUCCCAGGAAACCCCUCAUGCCGAGCAACAGCUGGACCCCCGACCUUUCCACAACUUUCUGCACGCCUUCUAUCCCUUCAAGCCCAACAAUUCUGUAUCCGACUCAAGUGUGAGGCUAGCGUUAGACACGGGUGAUAUCGUCCUGGUGCACUCCAUCCAACCCAGCGGCUGGGCAGAUGGCACUUUGUUAAAAUCGGGCACAAGGGGGUGGCUACCCACCAACUACUGCGAGCCUUACGGGCCCAGCGACAUGCGAGUUCUGCUCGAGGCCGUGUUAAACCUUUGGGAUGUUUUGGGGAGCAUCACCGGCGAGAGCUAG